AUGGGCAUCUGCAGAGGGCUGGUGAAGGCAGCCUGGGGUAACGAGGCCUGGACCUCACUGUCCUACUGCGGAGGUGGAGAUGGGCCUCACUGUCCUACUGCAGAGGUGGAGAUGGGCCUCACUGUCCUACUGCGGAGGUGGAGAUGGGCCUCACUGUCCUACAGCGGAGGUGGAGAUGGGCCUCACUGUCCUACAGCAGAGGUGGAGAUGGGCCUCACUGUCCUACUGCGGAGGUGGAGAUGGGCCUCACUGUCCUACUGCGGAGGUGGAGAUGGGCCUCACUGUCCUACAGCGGAGGUGGAGAUGGGCCUCACUGUCCUACAGCAGAGGUGGAGAUGGGCCUCACUGUCCUACUGCAGAGGUGGAGAUGGACCUCACUGUCUUACUGCGGAGGUGGAGAUGGGCCUCACUGUCCUACUGCAGAGGUGGAGAUGGGCCUCACUGUCCUACUGCGGAGGUGGAGAUGGGCCUCACUGUCCUACUGCGGAGGUGGAGAUGGGCCUCACUGUCCUACUGCGGAGGUGGAGAUGGGCCUCACUGUCCUACAGCGGAGGUGGAGAUGGGCCUCACUGUCCUACAGCAGAGGUGGAGAUGGGCCUCACUGUCCUACUGCAGAGGUGGAGAUGGACCUCACUGUCUUACUGCGGAGGUGGAGAUGGGCCUUAA